AUGGGAAAUCUAUGUGAAACAAAGGAAACAACACAAAUAACUUCUGUUUAGAUGCUUUCAAAAUAAUAAGAGGAGACAAAUGGAUGUAACUCAGAAAAGAACCAAAACUCAUAUAAGAUGUUGGAGUCAGUAUAAAAGAAAUUAAGUAUUGAUGAUUUUUUAAUGCUAAAUUAAAUAGGAAAAGUAAGGGAUUAUAGAAUACGAUAGAUUAUUAGGGUGCAUUUGGCAAAGUGUUUAAGGUGAAAAAGAAAGAUAAUGAUAAAAUCUAUGCUCUUAAAGCUAUGAAUAAGAAAUAAAUAUUUGAUAAUAAUUUAGAAUAAAAUGCUAUCAUUGAAAAAGAAGUAUUGAACAACAGCAAACAUCCAUUUAUUGUUAAUCUUAAAUAUUCAUUUUAAAGUUAGACUAAGCUCUAUUUUGUACUGGAAUAUAUUGAUGGUGGUGAAUUUUAUUAAAUUCUUUAAAGAACUUAGGGUUUUCCUGAACCUGUAGUUUAAUUUGUUGCAGCUGAAGUCAUCUUAGCAUUAGAAUAUCUUAAUAUGAAACUUAACAUUAUUUAUAGAGAUUUAAAACCUGAAAAUCUAUUAUUGACUAAAUCAGGACAUGUGAAAUUAACUGAUUUCGGUCUUGCUACAAAAAAAAAAGAUAAAAAUCAAAAAUCAUAUACGUUAGUUGGUACAACUGAGUAUUUAGCUCCUGAGAUUUUAAGAAAGGAAGGACAUUCUUUUGAAGUAGAUUUAUGGACUUUAGGCAUUUUAAUUUAUGAAAUGAUAACUGGUAAAACUCCUUUUGCACAUCCUGAAAGAAAUCAAAUGAAAAUCUAAUAUCUCAUUUUAAAGAAUAAUCCUACUUAUCCACCAACCAUGUCUAAAGAUGCUAAAGAUUUAAUCAACAGUCUUUUAUAAACCAAUCCUUAAUUAAGAAUAGGAGCUAAUGUAUAUAUUAUGUUAUUAUUUAAAUAGGGAUAUGAUACUAUAAAAAAUCAUUCAUUUUUUAGUAAAAUUAAUUGGUAAGAUCUUUAUGAAUUAAAAGUUAAAUCUCCACUUAAAACUUUUGCUGAAGAUAAUUCGAAUAGAUUAUAAAACUUAAAACCUAUGUCAACAUAACUUAUAGAUACUCCUAGUAAUAAUCCUUUACCACAAAUUAUUGGUAUAAGUUUCUCUGGAAAUGAUAUUGAAAAAGCCGGUUCUGUUAAGAAUUAUUGA